AUGGAGCUGGGCGAGCUGCUCUACAACAAGUCCGAUUCUGCGAUAGGGGCUCGGCCCGAGGCGUGGGAUGGGGGCCUGAAUGCCCGUCUCCGAUGUCACCGGGCUCCCAAAACCCACUCGGCGUGCUCCCUCUCAUUUCCUGCUCUUUCCUUCCAGGCGUCGGGGAACAAAGUCAGCCGCCAGUCAGUGUUGUGCGGAAGUCAGAACAUCGUCCUCAACGGCAAGACCAUUGUGAUGAAUGACUGUAUUAUCCGAGGGGAUCUGGCAAAUGUAAGAGUUGGACGUCAUUGUGUUGUGAAAAGCCGGAGUGUCAUAAGGCCACCGUUCAAGAAAUUCAGCAAAGGCGUUGCAUUCUUCCCUUUACAUAUUGGGGACCAUGUUUUUAUUGAGGAAGAUUGUGUGGUCAACGCUGCUCAGAUUGGCUCUUAUGUUCAUGUUGGCAAGAACUGUGUGAUUGGGCGUCGAUGUGUGUUGAAAGACUGCUGCAAAAUUCUUGACAACACAGUAUUACCCCCAGAAACUGUGGUCCCGCCAUUCACUGUCUUCUCGGGCUGCCCAGGACUGUUCUCAGGGGAGCUUCCAGAGUGUACCCAGGAGCUGAUGAUUGACGUCACCAAGAGCUACUACCAGAAGUUCUUGCCCUUGACACAAGUCUAAUGUGUCUGUCUCAUGUCUUGAAUUCACUUGAGCUCUAAGAUGAACUUGGGGACAAAGUGAGCCAGUCAGCAUCUACAAAGAGGUCUUGUGUCUUUGACACCUUCUACCCAUCCUUUUUUGUUGUUGGGUUUUUUUUUUUAAUUCUUCUGAAUUUCUUAAUCAUCCUCUGCUCUGAGCUCUUAAGACUUUAAUAAUAGAACAUCUAGAGGAGUUGUCUCCAAAUGCUCUGCUUAAACUGUAUCUGUUAUCAGUCACUCCAUGCCAUUAUCUAUGGGGUACAGAUCAUCUGUUCUCAGCACUCCCACCCUUGGUCCUUUGAAUGGCUGGGUGCUUCCCAAGACAGGCUGCAGAGCGGAGCACCCUGUCCAGCAUGGCAGUCACAAAGCUGACGUGCUGCUCACCGCCAUAAGCUCCCCACCAUGAGUGCUACUCACAUGGGUCUCUCUCAGCUUUCCUGCCACUAACACAUUUGACCAGUUGCCACAAUUGCUCAUAAUCGUGAAGGAAAAGUGUAUGUGGCUUUUCGGAGUCCAGAUUCCUGUUGGCUACUGAAACAUGAAAGGAGGGGUGGUUAGUAUUUCUCUUCUUUCCCCAAUGACCUUAACUGUCAUUUUAACCAAGGGUGACUAAGAAAAGACUUUCUAGCAUUGUGUUGUAGGGCCUGUGGCUUUUAUUAGAAGGAGGACCCUCAGCACCCAGGUUUUUUUUGCGAAGUCACAGGUUUGAAGUCUACCAUGUGGAUAGACUAGUCUGGCAGCCACCCUGUGCCUCAGGGUACUUGGGGGUAGCAGUAUAUGCCUUAUUUCAUUGAAGACAUAGCAUUUGUGACACUUGUUCCCUGGCCUAGAACCAUUUGACCCACCCUGUAUUUGCUGUAAACCUCACAGUUCAGAUCAAAAUAUCUGUACUUGGGCCCAAUCACAUGUAUACACAGGGGCCUUUCAAAGUAACUCUGUGGCACAGAGUCCCAAGGAGUAGUCAGUGAAGUCGCCAGUGCUAUUCUUACUGUCUUCUGGGUAACAGUACAACCUUCCCUGGUUCUGCUCUGACCUCUUGGUUUAGAAGGACUUAGAAGUGAGGGCCUGAGAACGCUGGCCUUGCUUAAUGCUCUGCCGCUUCUGUGAGUUGGGCCGAAUGGCUCAGCCUCGGAGGUUAGGCUCUAGCAGGCGCUAUAGUGAUUCAAUGUCGGGUUCUGGGGUUGACAGCUGUAUGUAAUUAUCUCUACUCAGUCAAUGUAAAACUGCUUUCUGGUUUGUCAUUUUUUUUAUGUUUGUAUAUUAAAAGAUUGACAACCAAACAA